CUGCAGCAUCUGCUCUUCCAUCUGACACUUGGGGGCAAAUUAUUUUGCUCGCCAGUUCACGACAAACCGAAGGAUGUUCUACACGUUGCCACAGGGGAUGGAACCUGGGUGCUGGAUUUUGCCUAUCGAAACCCCGCCACAUCCAUAAUCGCCAGGAAUCUAGCUCAGGGCACGAAAAAAAGCCCUCCAAACGUCGUAUUCGAAACCGACGAUGCCAACAAAGCCUGGACAUACAAGCAACAAUUUGACUUCAUCCACUGUCGUCAGCAACACCGAACAUUGAAUGAACAGACCUUCUUCGAGCAGGGAUGGAAAUUCCUUCACCCCGGCGGCUGGUUGGAAAUGCAAGAGCUCUGCAACCCGCUCCGCAGCGACGAUGGAACGCUCACCGCAGACAGCGCCCUAUCUCGAUGGGGCCAGCUGCUUGUGGAAGCCUCGACCAAAAUGGACCGACCGGCCGACAACCCGACGCGGUAUGCCAGCUGGAUGCAGGCGGCUGGUUUCACGAACGUAGAAACAAUCGUGUACAAGUGGCCCACGAAUCCGUGGAGCCAGGAUGAAAGGGAGAAGCUGAAGGGACUGUGGAACCUAUACAACGUUUUGGAGAGGCUGCGUGAGUUUACGAGCAUGUUGCUUACGAAGGUCCUGGGCUGGAGCCAGGAAGAUGUCGAUUCUUUGUUGGUGGAUGUGCGAACUGAGCUGCAGGACCCUAAUGUGCACGUUUACUGGCCUGUGUACGUUGUUUACGGACAGAAGCCGCUGGUUGAGGAGGCAGAUCAGGCCUGA